AUGAAGGUCUCGAUCACCAUUUGCGGAGCAGUACUGCUUGCAGCAUCAGCCAUGGCAGCUCCCCUCACUGAGCGACGAGCAAUUCGCAAUGCUGCCAGAACCUCCGGCCGUUCAAGCCACCCACCCUAUAAGCCCGGAACCUCGGAAGUUCUUCAUCUCAACUCGACGACCCACGAGGAGUACAGCUCAAACUGGGCUGGAGCUGUGCUGAUCGGCAAGGGCUAUACUUCUGUCACUGCAGAAUUCACUGUUCCGACACCCAAGCUCCCAUCGGGUGCUUCUUCAAGCAAGCAGUACUGUGCCUCUGCGUGGGUUGGCAUCGACGGCGAUACUUGCGGCAGCGCUAUCCUCCAGACUGGUAUUGAUUUCUGCAUUCAGGGACGCACUGUGUCGUACGAUGCAUGGUAUGAAUGGUACCCGGACUAUGCGUAUGACUUCUCUGGCAUCUCGAUUGCGGCUGGAAACAAGAUCAAGGUCACUGUGGAUGCUACAUCCAAGACCACCGGGACCGCGACGAUUGAGAAUGUAUCCACCGGCAAAACCGUGACCCACACAUUCACCGGCGGAGUGGACGGUGACCUCUGCGAGUACAAUGCCGAAUGGAUCGUUGAGGACUUCUCAAGCAACGAGGACUUGGUCCCGUUCGCCAACUUCGGAACUGUGACAUUCACAAACGCCCAGGCCUCGACUGGUGGCCAGACGGUCGGACCAGCUGGCGCUACACUCAUGGAUAUCCAGCAGGGCAACGGGAUCUUGACCUCCUCCUCCCUCACUAGUAACAGUGUCAGCGUGAGCUACUUGUGA